ACGGUGUACGUCUGUUCCGUCUCGAGUGAAGAUUUUUUGAAAUACCGCCCUUUCGUUCUUUAUAUUAAUUCGUUCGCCGUAAAGGAAAGUUCCUUGUCUACGACUUUAAAAACACGUUAAACUGUCGAGGCUUCGUUCGAUUUAAGUUUCCACGAUUUCGUUCGAAUGGGAAACUCUACGAUUUUUUGCAAGUUUCAGAUAUUAUUGGGUUCCCUUCACGUUAAUCGAUUUUGGAUACAUCGAUAGAAUUGCAUCAUGAUAGGUCUGAAUUUAUCGAGUGCAGCAAUAUUCGAACUUGUUACUUGGUGAAAUUAGUGUGGACUAAUAGAAUUAAUAAUUCUCUGGCGACGCGAGUGACGAUUUUAAUUAUCGAGCUGGAAAAUUGAAAAUUCGACGGGAGACUAAGGAAUCUAUAGUACGUCCAGAAGUAACCGUGGCACGAAAUCAAGAAGGACGAACAAAGACAACUGCACUGUGAGUGAUGCCUCGGAAGCCUAAACCGAGAUAUUUGUUGGCCGUGCUGUUGUUGUUGGUUGGUCUUCUCGACUCUGGUUACUCGACGUCCGCUCCUCAAUAUCCGGUUUGCAAACCGGGUUUUGAAUUUUGGUCCGUCGAGCGUGCCACCUGCUGGCCUUGCACCAAAUGUACUCCUGAAUUUACUUUGAGCCCCUGCGCGAUUUACAAGGAUUCCAUUUGCGGACCACUGUCGGCCCUCGAGCUCGAUUGGUCUUUCCUUUCAACGAGAAAGCGACCGGAAACGGGUCAAAGGAGCUUGGAAGCCGUUACCUCGAACAUGCUAUGGAGAUUCCCAGAUUUAGAGCAACAGCAGGUCAGACAUGAGUCGAAGGACUUUGUCGACCGCGUAGAGAAUUUCAAGAGGAAUAUCGAAUUACAAACAAUGUACCAGAGGACAACCGAGCCUCAUCCAAGGAAAACGCCUACGUUGGAGGAGAGGAUCUUGUGGGAUUGGCAAACCGGGGCGCUGAUCCUUGCAGUCUGCGCGUGUAUUCUGUUCUUUUUGGUCGCAGGAUGUUCUGCGUUGAUCUACGCAAGGCAGUGGCGCCGAAUGAAAAGGAACUUUGAUCCAGUGGGCUUAGAAGAGAUUUCGUCUCGGCUGAAUUUAAUGGUCAAGGCGGAACUAGCGGAACUGGUUGCGGGCACGUCCAUCAAUUCAGGUGAUCCAGAAAAGAGGUGUCAGUACCUACAAAAACUCUUAGAUCGAAAGGGAGAACCUCCUGUAAUGAUCAGUUGGCCGGAUGUCAGUGGAAACCUUUAUAUAGAGGAGGGUCGGACUACAAAAGGAAAGAAGCUACAAAUUCCUAGAAUUCAUCGAAACAUUGAUACGAUUUUAAAUAAAAAAAAAAAUCCAACGUUUGAUAAAUAAAAAUUGAAAUAGUAUUAAUAACUUUUUAAAAUAUUUGAUUAAAAAUUACCUUGAUGGUACAUAUUUUGUAUUUAUAUUUGCAUUUACGACUCGUUCGACAAGGAUUGCAGAUAGAGAAACACUGAAAUAAUGAAAGUAACAAAUAUCGCCAAUUAUACACAAGAUAUUUUGUAUUAUUAUUAAAAAUGUAAUAACUGCCAAGCACUUAUAAUCAAUUUUUGUUAUUUAAGCAAGUGCAUAAAGUCUUCGUUCGAAGUUCCGAAAUUCGAUUAAAAUCGAGCGACGAUCGACUUAGCCUAUCGAUUAUUUAUUUCUUUUUAUUAGUAUUAGAAACUGCCAUUUUUAAACGAUAACUUUACAAUGUACAUACCGAAAUAUCGAAUAAAAUUAUAU